AUGCUCACACUUCUAGCCCUCCCCCUCGUUGCGGGACAACUUGUCCCCUCACAGACCUAUGACCCCCCCGGCGCAGCGGCGGGCAACACCCCUUCGACUGGCUCGCCAAACACCCAGUGGUCGGCGGUUCUCGGCAACUCGCUGUGGUUCUACGACGCUCAGCGUUCGGGACGCCUCGAUGCCGGAGCGUAUCCUAACCGCGUAGCGUGGCGGCAGGACUCGGCGGUCAAUGAUGGCGAGGUCGUCGGCCUGGAUCUCAGUGGAGGGUGGUAUGAUGCUGGUGACUGGAUCAAAGCCACCUACCCCCUCGGCUUGACGAUGUGGGCUCUCUCAUGGUCGGCCAUGUCCUACGGACCCGGCUUCGAGGCCGCAAACCAGACCGCCUACAUGGACAGCACCUUGCGUUGGGGCUACGACUGGCUAAUGAAAGCCCAUCCCACCGACGACACGCUGUUCGUCCAAGUCGGCGCCUCGGCCCACGACGGCGGCAACGCCUACUGGGGUCCAGACAGUGGCCUGGCCGGCAACCGCUCAUGCUACGCCAUCAACGCCAGUUAUCCAGGUACAGACGCGUGGGCGUCAACCGCCGGCGCUUUCGCCAUGGGAUCACUAGCGUACCAGGGCACGCAGUGGAACACGUCCACUUCGGCUUGGGGGCCAGCACCCCUCGCCAAUGCCAGCUACUCUGCCCAGUUACUGAAACAUGGCGAGACGCUUUACCGCGUCGCAAAGGAGAACGAUAAGAAGAGUUUCAUCGACUCAAUCAAGGACAUUGGUCCGGCCUAUGUUCCCAACUCGUUCGGAGACGACCUGUGUACUGCUGCUUUGGCCCUUGCUGCCGCUACCAACAAUAGCGCAUACUACGCCGAAGCGUAUAACCACUACACCAACUAUAGCCUGUCCCGCUCUGGCGCCGUGUGGAACUGGGACUCGCGCGUUCCCGCAGCCUACGUGCUGUUUGCGGAGCUCGCCACUGCCCGCCCAGGCUUGGCGGCCGGUGCGGGCCUCGACGCCAACCUGACAGGCUGGCAGACCGAGGUUGAGGGCUGGAUCGAGCGCUCGAUUGCCGGCGACUCCGGAAGAACCUACAUCUCCCACGCGGGAUUGCUCUUCUGGGCUGGCGACAGCGACGAAGCGUCUCUCAACCCCGCCAUGGCAUUUGCCGCCCUCCUCCUCCGCUACGCCCCGCUGGCCAGUAGCACGGAUAAGGCGACACAAUACCGCGACUUUGCCGCCACCCAGAUCGACUACCUGAUGGGCAAGAACCCUAUGAACGUCCCAUACAUUGUAGGCAUGCACCCCAACUCGCCCGCCGCACCACACGUCGUCCGUGGCUCUGGCCUCACCGACCAAAGCAACCUCCGCGAUCCCCCAACGAACAAGGACACGCUGUACGGCGCCGUUCCAGGCGGCCCCCGCCCCAACGACCUGUGGUGGCCGUGGCGUGACGACUGGGUCCAAAAUGAGAUCGCACUCGACUACAACGCCAACCUCCCCGCCCUCGCGGCAUACCAGCUCGCAACGGGUGCGGGAGACCCAUACUACGUCGGCGUGACGGCCGGAUACACCGUCCCGGCCGGACAACCAUGCGACGCGGCCCUGCCGUGCAAGAACGGCCUGAGUGGCGGCGCGAUCGCCGGUAUCGUCAUUGGAUGCCUGGCGGCCAUCGUACUCGCCGGCCUGGCGAUUUGGCUGUACCGUCGGAGACGGUAG